GUUAGCUUAGUUAUUUAGCUAACCGCGAGUAUUCCCCUGACCGUGUCGGCGCCGUUUACGGUGUGUGUUUUUUAUUUUUAUUUUUCCCAAACACCGUGGGGACCACGCAGUUGUGUUCGCUAACCGUCUUCUCACGUAGGCCAAAGAGGAUAAAUCACCGGAGCUUGUGUUUGAACGCAUUCCAAUGAUGAGUUAUGCUGAAAAGCCAGAUGACAUCACGAAAGAAGAGUGGAUGGACAAACUGAACAACGUUCACAUUCAGAGGGCGGACAUGAAUCGGCUCAUUAUGAAUUACCUGGUGACAGAGGGUUUUAAAGAGGCAGCGGAGAAGUUUCGGAUGGAGUCUGGCAUCGAGCCGAGUGUGGACCUGGACUCUCUCGAUGAAAGGAUAAAGAUCAGAGAGAUGAUCCUGAAGGGACAAAUACAGGAAGCUAUUGCACUCAUCAACAGCCUUCACCCAGAGCUACUUGACACCAAUCGAUACUUGUAUUUUCAUCUGCAGCAGCAGCAUUUGAUUGAGUUGAUCAGGCUCAGGGAGACAGAGUCAGCGCUGGAGUUUGCCCAGACACAACUGGCUGAGCAGGGGGAGGAGAGUCGAGAGUGUCUGACAGAGAUGGAGAGGACACUAGCUCUUCUGGCCUUUGACAACCCAGAGGAAUCGCCCUUUGGAGAUCUUCUCAACAUGAUGCAGCGGCAAAAGGUUUGGAGUGAGGUGAACCAAGCUGUGUUGGACUAUGAAAACAGGGAGUCAACACCUAAAUUGGCAAAGCUCCUGAAGUUACUGCUGUGGGCACAGAAUGAGCUGGACCAGAAGAAGGUGAAAUAUCCCAAAAUGACUGACCUCAGCACGGGCACCCUCGAGGACCCCAAGUGAACGCAACGAAGAACAGCCUCCUUCCACGUCUCUUUAAUUUAUAAUCAGUCAGUGACUGUGUGACAGCCAGGUAACAUAUGUACAAACAAAAGUCUACAUUGUUUUUUUUUUUGUUUCAUUCAUAAUUUAACUCAUUGUGUAAAACUGUAAGAUGCUGUAUUUGCAAAGUGACAGAAAUUAUGUAGUUUAAAUACUGACCAUGGCUUUUUAGAUUGAUCUUGGAGACAACAAAAUUCAAAUUGCUGUUUUAAAUCUUGUCGUUCUAAAGCUGAAAGUCAGUAGUAUUAUUUAUUGCAACCUCUAAUCCCCCACCAAAUACUUUGUCAGAGAGAGCUGGUGAUACAAAUGAACACUGUUGAUGCUGUGAUGUGAGGAGCCAAAAAAUUAAAGGUCAACUGUAAUGGUGCUCACUUUCAGAUCAAUGGAUAAUGAAGGUAUGUUCAGGUUGGGAUGACGCAUUAAUUUUGACACAAAAUGUGAAUAUUUUUCAAUUAAAUAGAAUAAUCCUCUUAAUAAUGUAAUAUAAUUUUAAUUUAUAUGAUAGUUAACUAUUUCAUUUCAUGUGAUGAUUGGCAAUGUGCCAUAUUGUCUUGGGAGUUUGAUCGUACCUUUACAGUAUGUUUAUGGGGUGAACGGCCUUGAACAAAUAUCAUUUUAAAUGUUUGUUGGAGGAAGUGACGGACUGUGACUAACGGGUUGAAAUAAGAGAUCUCUUUCUUGCCAAGUGAAGUGCCCUGGGCCUUUUUGACACGAGAGCAUGUGCUGCCCCAGCAUGUUCCAAGAGAUUGAGUCUGUUGAGACAUACUGUAGGAGCAGAGGUUGAAUUUAAAAUGAGAUAGUCUAGAUAAUAGGGUAGGAUUUACAGUCUGCUUGUUCUAAUCCAGAAAUGCUACGGACGGCCAGUUUUGCCUGUUGGUAUAACUAUAAAAUACAGUCAGACUGGAAAUAAUUAUAUUCCCUGACUUUCUUUUAAAUAAUGAUGAUCAAAAGCUUGAAAUUCUGAAUCUGAACUGACUAGUCAUAGAACCUACUAUCCAUCUUGACACUUUUAAGCGUUUCGCUUUAUGUGCAUGUAAGUGUAACUUUUUUUUUGUUUGUUUUUAAUGAGAAAAGGCUUGUUUAUUUUGUUUGGUUUACUUUUAUAAAAACAAGAAAACACAAAAAAAAACAACAACUUUGCUGCUAGCUUUCCAUCUUUAUCUUCUAUUUCAGGUUGAAUUGUCUUUAUAGAUAUUGGACUUGACAGACACUGAGACCCAGAGAAAUCACACCCCUUUUAUUAUUAAACAUUUUUAAGAUCAGAUUUGCAAUUAUUUAAAUAAACAAAACUUUUGUGAACCAUAAA